AUGUGUUUCUCUCCUUUCCGCAGAAGGGAAUGCACAGCGAGCUUUCAACCCCACAACACUUCUGAUGCUUUAUUCAGUUCUUUGCUUUUCAAAGAGAAGAACUAUGAUAGUAAUAGAGCAAGCGAGAGAACUCAGAACAUACCACUUAUUCAAAAGGACUUUGGGCCACUCUUUGCAUUUGAGCAGUUAGCUAUCCCACUCUUGAUACUUGAUCUCAUGGAAGAAGAUCAGUCCCUUGAGUGUCGUUGGAAGACGUGGGUUCGGGCAGACAAGACCAAUCAAUUCUUGUGGUUGUUGAACCGCUUCAGAAAACGCAAGUUCUGUACCCCUGCUGACUUUGACCUAUUUCAUAACCAUCAAUACCAUCACGAAGACGACAAAACCUACGUAGCUGCUUGCAACUUGCGUUCUGCCAACGCCACCAUCACAACCUCCACCUUCACAGAUGCACUCCGAACGGAAAACACUGUUCAUGACACAUUGGCCACUUUCUUCCAAAAAUGCAAGCCGUCAUUUCUUAUCCCUCAUUUAUUCGGUCUGAGAUCGGCUGCCAUUUCAUCCAUUUUGGAAACUGUUGAUCUUAUUUCACCAGUAGAGCUCUCUCUUGCUCAAGAGUCCGAUUCAAACAUCGCACCUGAAUCUGUUGAGUCAGUUAGUCCACUUGAACCCUUUGAAAGCGUUAAAACUUGCUCACUAAGUUUCAUUGCUAUCUAUAAUGAAGAAAGCGAGAGCGAUGCUGAUGAUUACCAUAAUCAAAUUGAAACCGCUGCUACUCUGACAGAAGUCAAAUCCAAACCUGGUCAUGGUCACCGGAGCCGCAUUAGCCAAAUGCUAGCUAGAAUGUCUUUCAGAUGGCGAACCUCUCGUUCUGAAAUUGCGGGCACUGCUCCAACUGGCAAUCCAAUUAAGACUUCAAUUACAGCCAACACUGCCUCCUUUACUAAUCCAUGUUUAACGUCCGUUGCUACCUUUGUCACCCAUGAUCCAAAAAUAGCAGACAGGAAGGAGGAAUCUGAACCGAAAAGGCUCGAGAAUCAAAACUUGUUGAGUCCUUUACUCGGAUACACCCUUCAUGGUGUUGGAGUUCCAGAGAAAGUGGAUAAGGGCUACAGGCAAUCUGAAAAUUCGUAUUCAAUAACUAGAAAAGUAGAAGUAACUGCACCCAUGAAACUUGAGAAUUCAAGGAACAAGGUGAACAAAGUUGAAAAAGUCGGACCUAAAGAUUGUGCUUUCGAGCUUCAUACAAAAAUCAAAGAUAGUGGCACAUUCAAAACGUGUGAUCAUGUUUCCUCCAUUACCGAACUGAUACUGAUAUUGGGCAGAGAUUGUCAGCUUCCUGUUUUCAAAUCUGUUCCCUCAAAAAACUUAGAUGCUGAUUCUUUAAAAUGUGAGCUUUCAUUUGAGACAGACAAUAUUGUUGGGAUUGUUAUCCCUAUUCAUGCCGCUUCAGCUACAACUACUGCUACUAAUUCUGAUCCUGAUGGACUUCUUGGGCAAGGUGAAAACCCCGAACGAUCUACGGGGAACAAAGGUUGGGCUAAUGGGUUCUCUGAUCCUGAUGCAAUUGAACAGUCCCAGAUUCCAAAGAUCAAGUCAAGCUUGAAUCGCAGAAAAUUAAAGAAGUCAAUGAACUCCAUCACUGCUGCAGUUAUUGGCCAACUUGAAGAUGGUGAACAACUUCAGGCGGAAUAUUCAGAUUCUGUUCAAGCUUCUAUGAAAGAACCAGAAACAGAAAUUGAGCUUGUACCACAAUCUCAACCAUUAUAUCAUGAUUGUGAGUGCUGGGCAGCAUCACCAGCCGCUUCUCUUAGAUGCGUCAUUUCGCAUCAUCGCACCAUUGCUCUCAUGUUGGAAGGCACUCCGUUGGGUGAAAUUUCGAAGCCAGGGUUUCAGCCUGUUCCCGAGACAGAAUCUGAGCUCAAGUCUGUUCCUGAAACUGUUCCUGUUCAAAUUGUUUCCAAUUAUGAUUCUGUAACAAAUUCUGAACAUUGGCAACCUUUUCGAACACUUCAUUAUUGGUCUGAAGUUCAUCAUGAAGCAUCUCCUGAAGUUCAAAUAUCAGGGAAGCCAGAUGAACCAGAACCAGAAGCGGAAGUUCGACCAAAGCCUGAAUCUAUAUCUGAACCAAAGUCGGAACCCGGAUUUGUCCUUAGGGUUAAACGUCAAUUUGAAGUUGCAUCGGAAUUUAAUCCUGUCAAUGAAUUCCAAAAGGUAAUCUUAGGAGCCAAAUAUGUUGACCAUAAUUUCAAUUUCAAGUGGCUGCCUUUAGAAUUGAAUUCACUAGUCAAAGGGAAUGAGAAUGAAAAGAUAUUUGAGAACGAUGCCGUAUGUAUUGAAAAUGUUGCCAGCGAAGUUAUUGUUCCUGACUCACUACCAAUAAAGAUAGUCAGUAAGCCAAAGAGCUUCAUCCCUGAAGGACCAUUUGGAGUAGCAUCCGAUUCUAUUGUACCUCAUACUCAUUCAAAUACCAACAAUCAUACAACGAACUCUUCGAUAUCUAUCGCAUGUAUGACUCCACUCCAGAAUUUCCAUCAACCAGCGCCUCAAGAGCAACGUAUGCAAUUAUCACCUCGACCACAUCUAGAAGUCUUCAAUGAUUCGCAUCCUUCAAACUUUUCAAGUCCAAACAUUUCCAAUUUUAUUCAGAUGAUUCAAAUGAUCUGUUUGCCUGCAACUCCAAAUCCAUGUACUAUAGUAGAAAUGCAACCCAAAAACUUCGAUUAUCAUUAUAAUAGCAACAUUGUUUAUAUCCCUUGUAAUAUGGAACAGAUCUGUAAGCAACUUAUUGAAAUGGGUCUUGGAAGUCGCGAGUCUUUCCGGCAUUACUUGAGGGCUCCACCUAAAUCAAUGAAUGAGCCAGUCUUCAUCUCGCAGACUGCUGUUUCUGUUGGUCAAGUACCCUCCAUGCUUGGGAAGUUUAUCGCUGAUGGAGCUAUUGAUCCACAGGAUGUUUCAGAAAUCUACUUUGGGGCAUGUCCCGACUAUUCUAGCAAUGUUAGGAAUGUUACCAGUCUCGAUGACUUUGUCAGACAUUUGCAAGUUAUUCAAGAAAAGGUUCUUGAGGCUAACGGCGUAGUUCUUUCAAGGUGGUUGGAAUACCCCUCGUAUCAUUGCACAGGUUUCGAGUACUCGAAGAAGCCAUAUUCCCUUCCCAACCCUCCUCCCUACCAGAUACCAAUACAUCAUCCCUACGGCAUCUACUCCUUGAAAAGACGUCAUCCACACUUAGGGCUUUUGUUCAGCUUUACAAGAUUAGACGAACAAGCUCGCCGUAUCAAGGGUAGAAUAAAAUUUGAGUUGGGAAUUUACUAG